GACAAGUGCGGUUGUGAGGUUUUGGCCAGCUCAUCGAUAUUUUGAAACGGAUGUUGAUAUUCUUUGCUACAAAUAAUGGAUAGUCUGUGGAAAGUUGGUCUGCUGCUAUGCAGCGCUCUGUGUGUGAAUGGUAUUAUGUGGAAAUUGGAGCCUAACACUCACAAGUGCCUGAAGGAAGAACUUCACCAGAAUGUUUUGGUAACUGGCGAGUUUGGAGUUUCUGAAGCACCAGGUCAAAAAGUUGACUAUGUUGUUAGGGACUCCAAGGGUCACAUCUUGGCACAAAGGGAGGAUGCACCCAGUGAGGGAAAGUUUUCAUUCACAACUGAAACAUAUGAUACAUUUGAGAUUUGUUUCAUGUCACGUGUCCCUCAACAUCAACGUUCAAUUGCACAGGAAAUCUCAUUAAUUACCAAACAUGGAGUUGAGGCCAAAAAUUAUGAAGGGAUUGGAGAAGCAGCUAAGUUAAAGCCAAUUGAGGUUGAGUUGAGGAGGCUGGAGGAUUUGUCAAGUGACAUUGUAAAUGACUUUGCUAUGAUGAGAAAACGUGAAGAAGAAAUGAGAGACACAAAUGAAUCUACAAACUCCAGGGUUUUGUACUUCUCUAUAUUUUCAAUGCUUUGCUUGUUGGGAUUGGCCACAUGGCAGGUGCUCUACUUGAGGAGGUACUUCAAAGCCAAGAAACUCAUUGAAUAAGUCAAUAUAAUAGAAUUAUUACUCU